GGAACAUAUGACAAGAGUUUCGGUUUUGUCUCAUUUUCUGUUUCCAAUUUUUGUGUUGUUGUUUUGUUCACUUCAACAAUUAGUAAUUAAACAUCAGUUAAUUGUCACCCAUUAGGUACAAUUGAUUAGCAAUCAUCUCUGAAUCAGUGAGAGACUGUUAAUUUCUACCUGGUAAAUUUACUUAAAGAUUAGAUUGAUAUUAGAAUAAAAUGGGCGACUGUAGUAGCGGCGGUGGUGGUGGCAGCUCAUCUUCGGAUCAAAGCUUAUCGAUUAUUAUUAAAUGGGCUAAACAAGAAAUCUCCCUGGAUCAAGAGUGUCUUCAACUUGAUGAUACAGUUGAACAUUUGAAAAAUGUCAUCUAUCAUAAAACUGGUGUCCAACCAACAAGACAGAAAUUAUUUGGUCUAAAGUAUAAAGGAAAACCAGCUGAAGACGAUGUUAAAUUGGGUGAACUUAACUUAAAACCAGGAACCAAAUUAAUGAUGAUUGGAAGUACCGAAGAUGCCAUUCAAGAUGUGGCCGCCGCUGUUCCCAAUAAUGAAGUGAUCAAUGACCUGGACAUACCCGAAGAGUGUAUUAUACCUGUUAGUCAGCGACAAGAAUUCUUGGCUAAAAUUGAGAAAAGAGUUGCUGAAUAUAAGGUUACCAUUUUUAAUCCACCAAGAGAAGGGAAAAAGCUUCUUGUUUUAGAUAUUGAUUAUACUUUAUAUGAUCAUAAAUCAACUGCUGAACAUGUUUCACAAUUAAUGCGUCCAUAUUUACACGAAUUUUUGACCUCAGCCUAUGAAGAUUAUGAUAUUGUUAUCUGGUCUGCUACCUCAAUGAAAUGGAUAGAAAUUAAAAUGAGAGAAAUGGGUGUCCACCCGAAUCCCAAUUUCAAGAUCAUGUUCUUUCUCGACUCUAGUGCUAUGAUCAACAUUAUGUCUCCCGAUUAUGGUCUUCUAAAUGUUAAACCCUUAGGCGUAAUUUGGGGUAAAUUUCCUCAAUACAAUUCAAAGAAUACAAUCAUGUUUGAUGAUAUUCGUCGAAAUUUCCUGAUGAAUCCUCAAAACGGUCUUCAUAUCGUUCCAUUUAAAGAGGCUUACAAAAAUCGACACAAAGACAAGGAAUUAUUAUAUUUAUCUCGUUACCUUAAACACAUCGCUAAAUUGAAAGAUUUAUCUUCUCUUAAUCACAAACAUUGGCACCGAAAAAUACCCCGUGAUUAACUGAUCAUGUCCAAGUUUCAACCCGAAUCCAAGACCAGACACACAACAAUCAAAGAAAAGGAUAUUUAUCAAAACCAAUUCUUUUUUUAUAACUUCCAAUCGAUGGACAAUCACUAAAUUAACAAAUUCCUCAAGAAUCUUGAUAAUCAGUACAUGAAAGUGUUCAAUGAACACGAUACAAAGUUUGAUUAAAUUGUUCUUGGUCAACAAUAA